UAUCCUGACAUCACUGAAGUGUUGGAGCUUUCUAUCCACCAUUGCCGUCUUUUACAUGGUCAAUUGUUAAUAAUCGGAUCUAAAAGGCUGCAUAAUAUGGCGACUCAACCCCAGGAGAGAUAUGUGCUCAUCACCGGAUGUACCCCGGGAGGCAUUGGACACUUCCUUGCACUUGAAUUCGUCUCCAAAGGUUUCAAUGUCCUGGCCACGGUCCGCGACCCGAAAAAAUACACCUCCCCUCACUCCCUCAUAACCUACCUCCCACUCGAGCUCACUUCAGCAACAUCCAUGUCUGAACUCUACACCACCGUCUCAAACAUCACCAACGGAAAGCUUGACAUCCUCUAUAACAAUGCCGGCCGAAACUACACCGUCCCCGCUCUCGACAUCGAAGAGUCAGAACUUCUCGAAACUUUCCAGGCAAACGUCUUCUCGGUAAUGAAAAUGUGCCAAACCUUUGCGCCUCUCCUCAUCGCCUCCAAAGGAACUAUCGUGCAAACAGGCAGUCUAGCAGGCCUGAUGCCAUACGUAUUCGGCAGUGCAUACAACGCGUCCAAAGCCGCCCUACACGCAUACUCAGACACCCUCCGCGUCGAACUCGCACCCUUCGACGUCAAAGUCCUCAAUAUCGUCACUGGCGGAGUGAAAUCCAACAUUGCCCGUACCAAGCGCGAACUCCCGCCAAACUCUUACUACAUGCCCCUCCAGAAAGAGUACCAGAGCCGCUUGACGCACAGUCAGCAAUUAGGUAUGGAUACGCAGCGAUAUGCUAGAGACUGUGUUGCGGAGGUUCUGGGGAGUCAAGGUUGGGUUAUCAAGAAGCGGUGGGCGUGGGAAGGGAAGAUGAGUUGGCUUAUGUGGUUUGUGUGGAAUUAUCUGCCUAGGUGGACUAUGGAUUGGUAUUUCUCUUCGGUGUUUAAGCUUUCGAAGUUGAGGGGCACGGCGACGGGAGACAAGAAGAGGGUGUGA